AUGUCGAGGGAUCCACUCGCCCUUAGCAAUGUAGUUGGAGAUGUGCUGGACCCCUUCCUCAAGUCCGCGGCAAUGAAGGUGGUUUACAAUAAUAGGGAAGUGACUAAUGGGUCCGAGCUCAAGCCUUCGGCCAUUGCAAACGCGCCACGAGUCGAGAUUCAAGGACGCGACUCGAGGACUCUUUACACACUCGUGAUGGUGGACCCUGAUGCUCCAAGCCCCAGCAAUCCAACGAAAAGAGAGUUUCUGCAUUGGUUGGUGACUGAUAUCCCAGAAACAGCCAAUUCUAGUUAUGGUAAUGAAAUUGUCUGCUAUGAGAGUCCACGUCCAUCGAUUGGGAUCCAUCGACUCGUGUUCGUAUUGUUCCGACAAUCAAUCAGCCAAACAAUCUACGCGCCCGGGUGGAGACAAAACUUCAACACCAGAGAUUUUGCAGCAGCUCACAAUCUCGGCAAUCCUGUAGCCGCGAUAUUCUUAAACUGUCAAAAGGAGAACCGAUGUGGUGGAAGAAGGUAUGUCAAUCGAGCAGACAACAUAAUCAAACAAUUCAUGUUUUUCAAGUCGUCUAUGCCAUCCUCAUAA